AUGGCCCCACUCUGGGCACAGGCCUUCCUCCUGGUCACCAUGGCGAUGAUGGAUGUCCGGGGAACGGUGGAGAAGGAGCUCUCUCCAGAGUGCAGGGAGUUCCUGUACAUGGGGACGCCACCCGUGGGCCUGGAGGACCACUCGCUCCAGAAGAUCUGCCAGCGCUACAACAACAAGCCGCGUUACGUCACACUGUACGACACAGCCAACCACGUCCCCAUCUACUCAGCCUACACCUUCAAACGCUCCGACGGGGAGAAAAGGGUGGACGUGCCCUGGAUGUACGAGCCACAGGUAACCUGGAGACAUUUCAAGUCAAUGGUUGCAUCCCAAAUGGCUACCUAUCCCUUAUCUAGUGCACUACUUUUGUCAAAGGUAGUGCACUAGAUAGGGAAUAGGGUGCCAUUUGGGGUGCAUCCACACUGUAAUGCCAGUCCAGUGGAUUAUUCCAUAUUGAUUGGCUCUCACUAGUAUAUCAUAAGGUAUGUUUUUCCAUAGCUUCUGAAUUUGAAUGUCUGUGGCGCUAACUUCAUUCUUUAUAUAAUUUAAAUGUAAUUCAAUAACACAAAUCCAAUGCUCUAUGGUCAUCAUGAAAAUUACAGAAUGCUGCACAUCAUUUCAUAGGCUAAUAUUUGAAUGAUCAUAAACUGCAUGCCAUAAAGUCUCCUUUUUACAGCAAGCAUGUGUUUCAAAACGUAACCUAUUCAUUAAUCUCAUAUCCAUUACACUAUUCAUCCCUACUUAAUUCUCUCUCAUUGUUUGUUUGUCUCCCACCCAGUUGUCCACUGUUUCUGACACCAGGGAGAUGCAGGCGUUCCCACGUAGCUACAUGCACAGGAACUUUGAGGACGCCCAGGCCGUUCUGGACGACUACACCAACGCCGUCCUCUACGAACGUGGCCACCUCAACCCUGACGAGCACCAGGCCGACCCAGACGACAAGGCCUCCACCUACACUCUGACCAACGUGGUGCCCCAGGUCCGCCAUUUUGUUUUCAAGUUCUUUACUUAAAAUUGUACUUGUAGACAAUAAGGUCACAUUGUGUAUUGAACAAAAUAUAACAGUGGGGUAAUGUACUGAGAUAUUUUACAAAUGUUUGUAUUUUAUUUUAAAUUAAAUAUAAAGCCCAGUUGUAAAUCAUUUAAUCCCAAAUAAGUAAAAUACCAACACCAGUGGAUAGCUUGGAAUGACUUUCUAACCCCCAGCAACCAAUAAACAGGCACACAUGUAUGAUGUGGCACUGCCUUUAAGGUCAGAGAGUUCAGUGCCGGCACCUGGAAAGAGCAGGAGCACGUGAUCCGCAAGCGCCUCAACAACUACUGCCGCGGCAUCGCCUACAUUGUCACCGGAAUCACCACCUCAGGGAACAUGAUCCGGCGCCAUAACAUUGACCGUGUGGCGGUCCCGACGUACCUGUGGUCGGCCUACUGUUGUACCGACUACGACCACAACGCGCCAUACGGUGAGCGCUACAAGUUCCCGGCGUUCGCCCACUACGCCCUCAAUGAGAAGGAGAACAACCAGGUAAAUCUAGAAUAAUAAUACAUUUAUUUUAUAUAGCGCUUUUCAUUACAAAGAGAAUCUUAAAGACGCUGUAAAAACAAACAAAACAAAUGUAGCAAUCUGGCAGAUCUUGGGCGAUGGCGUAGUGUAGUCUACUGUCGUAUACUGUUAUAUUACAUACAUUAAUUUUCCUGGAAAUGUGUAAAAUAAUCCCGCAAGAGAUGGGUCGCGAAAGGUGACUUGACGCGUAAAUAAAAAUAUGAAUUUGUUUGUUCAUUCACUCACUCAAUCGUUCAUUUAUUCAUUCAACACUUUUGUUCCGUUCGUUCAUUCAUCCAACAGGUCCUGGAGUUGUCCGUCAAGAAACUGGAGGAGUUCCUCCAGAGGUCCACCUUCGUGGACAAGAACUUCCAGAUCUUUGUGGACGACUGUGUCCCGCCUGCCUUUGCUCUGCAUUAGGUCCCCUGGUCUCUCAGUGGACUUGACCUCCCCAAACCACAAGACCUUACAUUUAAUUUACACUUCCUGCAAUGGAAACAAGUAGUCAACAAUAGCAGUCUUCUUAAAUUGCUGUUAUUGAUUGAUUGAUUAAUGUUUUUUUCCCUCUCCAAAUACUUUCUCCAAAGAUCAUGUAGACCCAAAUGAUGUUCCCAUCUAUGUCUGAUUAAAUAAAGUUCACCCAUCUUAAGACAUGCAAUUGAUAUAUUGUCAUAAAACGGGUUCUAUAAUAUGACCAAUACAUUAGUAAGGCACAUAUUCAGAGCAACAUUCAGUUGCGUGGGAGGGAUGUCAUGUGAUCUGUGAAGAGAACAACAUACCAGCUCAAACCUACAACAUGACAAUAGAGGUUUUGGUUUAGUCCUGUGGUUGGUUGUGCUCUACUCUAGAAUAUGAGAUGUGAGAAUGUGGUUGACAUCCCCUCAGGCGGAUGUUUAACACCUUCCACUACCCUCGUGUGGUUUUCAACUGGAAAUGUGUAAAACAACAACUGUUCAGACAGGUCAUACAAAUAAUAAAAGUCAUUGCUACUCAUUGAAGUUCCUGGAUGGAAUGUUGUUUUUCUAUACAUUCACAACACAGGAAGCUGCUGAGAGGAGGACGGAUGGCUGGAACGGAGUAAAUGGAAUGGCAUCAAACACAUGGAAACCAUAUGUUUGAUUUUUUUGAUACCAUUCCACUAAUUUCGCUCCAGCCAUUACCACGAGCCUCUCCUCCCCAAUUAAGGUGCCACCAACCUCCUGUGAUCCACAAUCGUAUUUACUGGAAGCCCAUCAUACUAAUUCCAGUGACAAUCAAUGAAUCCACAACAAGUCUGUGAAGUAAAAUUCUCAUGGCACAGCUAGGUUUCCAGCCUUCAUCCACUACGCCCUCAACCAGGUAAAUCUAGUGUUAUUUUACUAUUAUAUUACAUACAGAAUAUUACUUUUAGUUUUUUGUGAAAAUGUGUCAAAUAAUCCCGUAAGGGAUGGGUCGCUAACAACGACUUGAUGCAUAAAAAAAAUAUUUCAUUCAUUCAUUCAUUCACUCAUUCGUUCAUUCAUCGAUCUCUUCCUCUGUUCGUUCAUUCAUCCACCAGGUCCUGGAGUUGACCAUUAAGAAGCUGGAGGAGUUCUUCCAGAGGUUUACCUUUGUGGAACUUCCAGAUCUUUGUGGAUGACUGUGUCCCGCCUGAACAUUUCAGAUAUAAAUAUGUUAUGUAGAACAAACAUACUUUUGUCUGACAUGUAGACUUAGGAAUAAUUUCAGAUAUAUUAAUGACAUUUCUAUCUGAACGUUCCAGAACUUUAUGUCCUGCCGAACACACCUCUGUUCUCACUGUGGGCCUUGACCUCCCCAAACCACAUGAACUUACAUUUAUUUUACACUUCCUGCAAUGGAAACAAGUUAACUCUAGUAGUCUUAUUAAAUUGCUGCUCUUGAUUGACAAAACCCAAGGUUGGAUUUAUGUUUUUUUCCUCCUCAAAGAUCAUGUAAAUUAUGCUGGAUAAUGUUCCUACAGUGCCUUCAGAAAGUAUUCAUACCCUUUGACUUAUUUCCUAAACAAAGACUGUUAAAUAAUAUGUAUUAAAUACUGCCAGAGUUAUAUUUUAAUAUGCUUAAUGUUAUGUAUCUAACUAUGCUUAAGUGAACAUAUCCAUAAAAUCCCAGUCUGUGCUUUCCAGAAAAAGCUAGGAAUGUCAACGAGCACCAAAACAACCCCAUUGUGAAAAGAAAGGAAAACAAUCAUGUUAACAAACAACUGAGAGACUAAACUUUUCUUCCCCUCCAUAGAUUUGUAUGUGCUUUAAAUCCCUGUCUGCUGGAGAAACUCACUGUUUGUCUAUAGCUUCAAAUGUGAUUUACAGUGCCUUCAGAAUGAAUUCAUACCCCUUGAGUUAUUCCACAUUUGUUGUGUUACAGCCUGAAUUCAAAAUGGAUUACAUAGAUUUUUUUUCCCACCCAUCUACACACAAUACCCCAUAUUGACAACUUGAAAACAUGUUUUUAGAAAUGUUAGCUAAUUUAUUGAAAAUGAAAUACAGAAAUAUCUCAUGUACAUAAGCUUUUUCACAACCCUGAUUCAAUACUUUGUAGAAGCACCUGUGAGUCUUUCUGGGCAAGUCUCUAAGAGCUUUCCACACCUGGAUUGUGCAACAUUUGCCGAUUAUUCUUUUCAGAACUUUUCAAACUCUGUCAAAUUACUUAUUUAUGAUUGCUAGACAACCUUUUUCAGGUCUUGCCAUAGAUUUUCAAGUAGAUUUAAGUCAAAACUGUAACUCUGCCACUCAGGAACAUUCACUCUCUUCUUGGUAAGCAACUCCAGUGUACUGUAGAUUUGGCCUUGUGUUUUAGGUUAUUGUCCUGCUGAAAGGUGUAUUCAUCUCCCAGUGUCUGGUGGAAAGCAGACUUAACCAGGUUUCCCUCUAGGAGUUUGCCUGUGCUUAGCGCCAUUCAGUUUCUUUUUUAUCCUGAAAAACUCCCUAGUCCUUAACGAUUACAAGCAUACCCAUAACAUGAUGCAGCCACCACUAUGCUUGAAAAUAUGGUGAGUGGUGAGUGGUACUCAGUAAUGUGUUGUAUUGGAUAUGCCCCAGCUUUUCCUUUUUUAUUAAUUUCUAAAAAUUUCUAAAAACACAAUUCCACUUCGACGUUAUGGGGUAUUAUGUGUAGGCCAGUGACACAAAAUCUCAAUUUAAUCCAUUUGUAAUUCAGGCUGUAACACAACAAAAUGUGGAAAAAGUCAAGGGGUCUGAAUACUGGCACUGUAUGUCUGAUUGAAUAAAGUUCACCCAUUCCAACAGUUGGAUGACUCAUUUCUUCUGACAUACUAUAUAUAAAUGCGUGCUAUGAUAUGACUAAUACAUUAGCAAUGGUUUUUAUUCAGAGCAAUAUUCAGUUGCUGCGUGGAAGGGGUGUCAUGCGAACUCUGGGUGUUAAACACCUCCCACUACCCUCAUGUGGUUUUCAACAGGAAAUGUGUGAAACAGCAACUGUUCAGACAGGUUUUACCAAUAUUAAUAAUGAGUAGAAAUAAAAACAACAAGUCGUUGCUAUUAAUUUCACUGAAGUUCCUGGAUGGAAUGUUGUUUUUCUGUACCUCCACAAACUUUUUUACUGGAAACAAAUCAUAGUAAUUCCAGUGAAAAUCAAUGAAUCCACAAGAAGUCUGUGAAGGAAAAUUCUUCAUGGCACAGCUAGGUCUCAUUUCCAAUCUACCACUGCACAAAGCCUUAUUCUGCUCACACCUCAGUCUUUACAUGAGAGGAUAGGCAGAUCAGACUAUCAACAGGUCUACACACACACUUUGCAUCUCUUCACUUCAGAGGAUGAGAGGCAGCGUACUGUAGAGAGAUCCCAUUCAGCUCUGACCACGUUCUCCACAGAUGGACACUGACACAGGUGGCCUUGGGUCCCUUUUACAGAGCAGAGAGCAUGAGAUUGAUAACAAAAACACAGCCUUUCAGGGCCUAACAGAGCCUGUUUUCAUAUUACCAAGUAAAAGACGUCUAUCCAAUGCUUCAUGCUAUAGCUGGGCCUAGUUCUGGGUAAUCUAGGAAGGCGUUUGAAAGCUGAACACUGAUAACAUGAACUGCUGCUCCUCACUUUGCUGUGGUGGCUUGCCACUUUGAAUAUAUGGAAAAGGACUUGACAAUGGGAAGUCAAGAUGGGCCGAACCACUGAGUAUCUCUUCAUGAGAGAGAUGAGACCGUACAGAGAGUUAUAGACUCACACGGGAAAGUGUGAAGUGAGAGACAGGAAUCUCACGCACAAAGUAGCAACAGUAGUGUGUGAAUGGCAAAGGGAGCGAGGGGAACACAAGACAACUAAACAAGAUAGGUUCGAGGACAACGAGACAGAACGAGAGAGAGAGAGACAGAGGGAGAGACUGAGUAGCUAACAUGGUCACCAUGAAACACUUAUCCAUCUACUCUUUUCUGUCUCUGGCUGUCCUGCUGAUACUGGGUUGUAUGCGGGAGUCCCAGGCUGGGGUGGUGGAGGACUUUAACCACGUGGAGCGCUGUAAGGACUCUCUGUACAUGGGAACCCCACCUCGGGGCUACCUCCUCAGUAACUCCCUGAAGAAGAUCUGCCAGCGCUAUGAGGACAAGCCACGCUUCGUCACCCUCUAUGACCCCCACAAACACAUCCCUGUCUAUUCGGCCUAUACCUUCAAGAAGUCCGACGGCGAGAAGAGAGUGGACUUCCCCUGGAUGUUCGAGCCACAGGUAGAAUAGUGUGUGUGUAUGUAGUGAGUGUGUGUUGGAUUUAGUCUUUGAACAUAGACCAAAAUGUUUACAUGCUCCAAUUUAGCGUGUUAGCAACCCCAUUAUGUAAUUUCAAAACAUGUUUGAUAAAGGUUCUCUCAUGGAUGCAGAUGACUGACACCCAUACACUAGUAGGUAAAGCUUGCUGAGCUGUGUGGACAAUAUUGCUGCUCAUAGCAAAAUUAGAAGCUGGAGAUAAGCAGCUUCAUGGGCUGUGUGAAUUGGUGUUACAAUAGGAUAUUGUUGUAAUCUGUUCAUGUGGGCAGCACGUUUUAUGCAUAUGCAAAUUGAAUUGAUCCUUCCCUCAUUUUCCAUCUUCAUCAAAAUCCCCUCUCUCUCCCUCUGUCUCUAUUUCCCCCCACCUCUCCCUCCCUCUAUCUGUAUCCUCUACCCCCUCUCUCUCCCUCCUUCUCUCCAUUACCCCCUCUCUCCCUCCCUCCUUCCCCCCCUCUCUCCCUCUCUCCUUCCCCCCCUCUCUCCCUCUCUCCUUCCCCCCCUCUCUCCCUCUCUCCUUCCCCCCCUCUCUCCCUCUGUAGUUGGCGUCAGAGAAGGGCAGCAGCAACAUGGAGCCAUUCCCCCAGUCCUCCUCUCACAUGCACAUGAACUUUGAGGACAGCCAGGCCGUGCUGGAGGACUAUGCUGACGUGGUCCAGUACGAGAGAGGGCAUCUCAACCCCGAUGAGCACCAGGCCGACCCCCUGGACAAGGCCUCCACCUACACACUGACCAACGUGGUGCCCCAGGUAAAUUGUUUCAGUCUGCACAUUUAAACGUUGGUUUGGUGUGUCUACCUUAAACUGUUUAAGCGAAGGAGCGAGUGGAAGAUUAAGAAGAAGAAGAAGAAGUAUGGGAAAUAACAGUAAUGAUCUUGCUUUUUGCCCCAGAUCCGUGAGUUCAACAUUGGGCCCUGGGCCGAGCACGAGGACCUCAUCCGCAAGCGCCUCAACAACUACUGCCGCGGCAAAGCCUACGUGAUCACCGGGGUCACGACCUCUGGGAAUAUGAUCCGCCGCGACAACCUGGACCGCGUGGCCGUCCCCGAGUACAUGUGGUCAGCCUACUGCUGCACCAACUAUGACCAGAACGCGCCCUACUUCCAGCGGUACAAGUUCCCGGCGUUCGGAGCCUACGGGCUGAACGACCGUGUCAACAACCACCUGGUGGAGGUUCCGGUGAAGAACCUGGAGAAGUUCCUCAGGGGAAGGAUGGACGUGGACAAGAACUUCCAGAUCUUCUACAACGACUGUGUGCCUGACUAA